AAAGGGCCAUUGCAAGACACGAAGUCAGAGAAAUAGAACAACGUCACACAGUAGAUGGGCCCCGACAAGAUGUGGCAGUGGAUGAAGAAGAUGAUGUGGUGAUUAUUUACAAUAGAGUACCUAAAACUGCCAGCACAUCCUUCACAAAUAUUGCCUAUGAUCUUUGUGCAAAGAACAAAUAUCAUGUUCUACAUAUCAAUACAACCAAAAAUAAUCCUGUUAUGUCUCUGCAAGAUCAGGUCCGAUUUGUGAAGAAUGUGACUUCCUGGAAGGAAAUGAAACCAGGAUUUUACCAUGGACAUGUAUCCUAUUUGGAUUUUGCAAAAUUUGGUGUGAAAAAGAAACCAAUCUACAUAAACGUCAUAAGAGAUCCUAUAGAACGAUUAGUUUCUUACUAUUACUUUCUGCGCUUUGGAGAUGAUUACAGACCAGGGCUACGAAGACGAAAACAGGGGGAUAAAAAGACCUUUGAUGAAUGUGUAGCAGCCGGAGGUUCAGACUGUGCUCCAGAGAAACUUUGGCUUCAAAUUCCAUUCUUCUGUGGCCACAGCUCAGAAUGCUGGAAUGUGGGAAGCAGAUGGGCUUUGGAACAAGCCAAGUACAAUCUGAUUAAUGAGUACUUCCUAGUGGGAGUUACUGAAGAACUUGAAGACUUUAUCAUGUUACUGGAGGCAGCUUUGCCCCGGUUCUUCAGGGGUGCUACAGAACUGUAUCGAACAGGAAAGAAGUCUCAUCUUAGGAAAACAACUGAGAAAAAACUUCCCACAAAAGAAACUAUUGCCAAGCUACAACAGUCUGAAAUCUGGAAAAUGGAGAAUGAGUUCUAUGAAUUUGCACUGGAGCAAUUUCAGUUUGUCAGAGCACAUGCAGUUCGGGAAAAAGAUGGAGAGUUGUAUAUUCUGGCUCAAAACUUUUUCUAUGAAAAGAUUUAUCCUAAAUCAAACUAAGAACACAAUACUGUUAGAUUAAUGGACCUAAACCUUUGGUCACAUCAUCGUCUUAGUCCUCAGCCGUGGAAGCUAGAUUGCUAGUAGACCUACAAGACAUUUCUCUAUAGAUCUGAGAAAAGUGGGCUGUGGAUGUAACUCCAGGGCGUUGGAUACUGACUGACUAUGUUGGUAAUCCAGAAGCAAAAGCUUCCUUCUUUUGUCUAACUAAUAUUUUCAGUGGGAGUUAAUACCCUUUACCUGAAGAAAUCUACACUUUAAUUUGCAGCAAUUAACCGCACAGCAGUUCUAGUUGAAAAUAAAAACAAACAAAAAUGCUUCUGUUAAUGCUCUCUUUAAUUUUCAGAGCAAUUUAUUUUCAUUUAUACUUCUGUGAAGAGGAAAUCAUUUUUUUUCCCAGCUUUCAACGUGGAAAUUUUGGUUGUAUACAAUAUGAGUAGUGUUAAUAACUGGUUGACAUCUGUGCUUUGUUUUUGUGCAUCAUGUCACAUGAUAUUAAUUGGGAUGGUUAAUCAUGUUCUGCUGAGAAAUGCUGCUGCUGCUGGAGUUUGCCAUAUUUAUAUAUGUGGUUUUAUUAAAAAAUUACAACUAAUC